AGUGAAGCUCUGGCGUUUGAUGACUGAACAGAUGGAUGGAGGUGCUGCUGCUAAAACUUAUUUGACAUCCACUACUUUGUGCCAACCACGUUGCUGAGCACUUCAGGUGGAUUUCCCGAGAACAGAAACUGCAUAGAUGGCAAACAUGGCCUCAGCCUCAACCUCAUCCAGCAAUGAAAGUGAGUCACAAAGUGUGCUUACCUGGGAGCAAGUGAGCCGCUUGAACGAUGUGCUGACAGAGGCCGUGCCGGUUCAUGGACGUGGCAACUUUCCCACCCUCGAGGUCCGGCUGAAGGAUAUUGUACAGAUAGUGAGAAAUCGGCUGGAGCUGAGAGGCAUUAUGGUCAAAGAUGUGCGUCUGAACGGCUCUACAGCCAGCCACGUGCUGGUUCAGGACAUUGGUUGGAGCUACAAAGACCUGGACGUCAUCUUCAGGGUAGACCUUCCUCGGGAAGAGGAGUUCCAGCUCAUCAAAGAUGUGGUUCUGAGCACUUUGUUGGACUUUCUACCAGAGGGGGUGAAUAAGGAGAAGAUCACCCCGAUGACACUGAAAGAGGCCUAUGUCCAGAAGCUGGUCAAAGUUUACACUGAUCAGGACCGCUGGUCCCUCAUCUCACUGUCCAACAACAAUGGCCGCAAUGUAGAACUAAAGUUUGUGGACUCAAUCCGGAGACAGUUUGAGUUCAGUGUGGACUCCUUCCAGAUUAUUUUGGACUCUGUUCUGUCCUACUAUGACUUGUCAGAAAAUCCCAUGUCUCAGCAUUUCCACCCUACGGUGGUAGGGGAGAGCAUGUAUGGUGACUUUGUUGAGGCUCUGGGCCACCUCACGAAUAAGACCAUUGCCACCAAACGCCCAGAGGAAAUCCGUGGUGGUGGUUUACUCAAAUACUGCAACCUCCUGGUGAGAGAAUUCAAGCCUACAGAUCCAGAUGAAUUUAAGGCUCUGGAACGCUACAUGUGCUCCCGUUUCUUCAUUGACUUUCCCGACAUUGUUGAACAACAGCGCAAACUGGAGGCUUAUCUUCAAAGCCACUUUAUUGGUGAGGAGAGGAACAAGUACAACUACCUCAUGAUCCUGCGGCGGGUGGUGAACGAGAGCACUGUGUGUCUCAUGGGACACGAGAGACGGCAGACGCUGAACCUCAUCUCACUGACUGCGUUCAGGGUGCUCGCUGAGCAGAACGCUAUACCUGAUGUGUCCAGCGUCACCUGCUACUACCAGCCGGCUCCGUAUGUCAAAGACCUGAACUUCAACAACUACUAUGUGGCCUCUUGUAACCAGUCCAUUCCAACUUGGUUGCCGUGUAACUAAGACACAAAGGAUGCUUAUUUGAAGACUAAAUCCAUCAGUUGGUCAGAACGCCAGAUAAUUGGCCAUAAGGGAAGUUUCCCUCUGUAGACAUAAAGGAUGUUUAAAAUAUCAAAGUUUUUUUUUCUUUUUUUCUUUUCUUUUUAAUUCCUUCUCUGCAGAGGUGCCAAGACAUUUCUAAUUCAAAGUGAUAUAUUUUAGGGAUUUGAAUUAAUUUUUUUCCCUUUUUUUACUUUAAUAAGAAGUUUCAGAUUUGUUUGUUGCUCUCAUCUGUCCCUUAUCUGAGAGAUUUAUUUUCCAUAUUGAAGAGAAACAAUUCCCAUAGUGCCUUAUUAGAUUCUAACCCCAAAAGUAAAGCGUAUUGGGACAAAUUUAUAUAUUUCCUGUGUGUUACAAAAUAUAAAUGCCAAAAAAAUAUAAUAAUGUUCUUAGAAAUUUGGAGAAAAAAAAUACAAAAAAAAAAUUAGAAA